GUGGAGAACCCCGAUACGGAUGUUUACUCUUCCGCUACCGCUGGCUCAGGUCAGACCGUCUGUGACGUCACACUGUCGGAUGACAAGACUGAAAUAUACAUCGCAGGCUGUCCGAAGGAUGCAGAGAUUCUUCUGACCCUGAGUAACCGGAAGUCCACUGGGGGUGGGGUGGUGGGUGGAGGAGGUGUGUCAGAGUACACCACCAUCAUGUGUGAGGAGAUUAGCGACGAGGGUAUUAUCUUCGGGACAGGGCUAGAACUGGCAGUGCCAAACAUUGUCGCCUCCACGACCAAGGCGCCGCAAACCGGGCCGACGACCACUGUGACGCCCAAUCCCCCCGUCACUCCGACCUUUACCCUCACAUCCUCUCUUUGGGACUCCGACAUGGUACAGGAAGUCUCCGUUGCCACUCUCGGGGAAGCGCUAGUAUGGAAAAUACUUGGACCAAGCCAGUACGACCUGUUGCCUUACAAUUGUAUAGGCUACGGGGGCAAAGAAGUGGGUGGGGCCAACUUUAUCCAACUCACAGACGAAUCAGGAUGCACAAGGUCAACUAAGUUUAUCCAGACGUUUUCCGCCGUCGGAGGCAGCCGGUCGACCGUCAAGACGACCUUACUGGUGUUCAAGUUCAUCGCCCAUGAUGACGUCACACUUGUAUGCAGCGUUCGCAUUUGUAAAGCAGGGUCUGCCACGUGCGCUUUGAACUGUGACAGUCGUCGCCGUCGCCGUCGCCGUCGUCACUCCCGACGACGAUCGCUGCAGCCGCUUAGGAGAGCCAGUGUAGUAUCCCAUCUCAGGAUCGUGCCGUCAUCCGCCAUGCGCUUUGGCUUUUCUCCCGCGUUGGUGACCUUAGCCUGCCUUCUGUCGAGACACGCAUUUGUGUAGUCGAAUUACUUGUAUUGAAUAAAAGGAAUAAAUUGCCC